AUGUCAAAUUCUAAAUUCGACCUCGGUACACCCAUAAACACCGCUCUCUUCCUCUUUAUUCUCUACUCUAUCCAAAAGAUCAUCUUCCCUAGCAUCCCAAACAAGAACUCCAACAAGAAACAACCGACACCUACCGAAUUCAAAACCGGUUAUACCUGGUCCCCAAAAUCUCACCCACCGACGGUCCUAUUCAAGACUUACACGCCCAAGACUCUGGAGCCAUUCAAUGGCGUAGACAGCCAGAGGAUACUGCUUGCGAUCAACGGGAUAGUGUUUGAUGUUUCGGCAGGGAGGAAUUUCUAUGGGCCCAAUGGGAUGUACGGGAACUUUGCAGGUCGUGAUGCCUCUCGGGGGAUGGCAAAGCAGUCCUUCGACCCAGAAAUGCUUACUCCAGUCGACCAACCACUCGACAAGCUCACUGAUUUGGCACCGGAUGAAAUUGAAAACAUGAAAGGCUGGAUCGACCACUUUUCCAAUAAGUACCUCAUCUGUGGAAAGUUGGUUGAGAACGAUGCGAUCUGA